AUGAAGAGAAGAGACAACAGACGUUUAGCGGAUGAUAACGGACAUGGAACGUUUGUUGCUCCUCCAGUAAUUGCCGCCCUCUUUCGUCGUCGUUCAAUCCGCCGUUUCCUGCUGAUAUCUGGGGCGUGUCUAUCUCCAUUGGGAGUGGCGUUGACUUCCGUAGCAACUACCAACGCUCAAGUGGCAACAUUUCUUUCAAUUACAGGUUUUGGAAACUGCGUCGUAAUGGUUUGUACUAUUAUGACAUUACAUCGUGUUGCUUCGAGCAACUAUAAUCUACUCUUUAGCCUUGGUAUGACAGGAUAUGGGACCGGUAUGGUCAUGAUACCACUUUUUGCUGAAUUGCUCCGUAAUAUCUAUGGCUGGAGAGGUGGUCUCCUUAUCAUUAGUGGCCUAAUGGCGCACCUGAUUCCAUGUGCUGUUGGUAUUAUGCUGGACUCAGAUGAGAAUACGGAACGUGGCUAUCAGGGACUUCCAAACAGCUCAACUGGUACAGAAGAAGACCUUGUAGAAGAGGGAAUAGUAGAAGAAGUAGUAGAGGAGGAAGAAGAAAGUACAAAGCUGGCAAGUCGUACGGGUUCCUGUCGGAAUACAGAAGGAAACAACUGCGAGCCUCGAUAUCUUGAAACUUUCACUAGGAUCGUCAGCAGUAUUCAACAGUCAGAUUUUUACGUGGACCCUCUGUUGAAUGUGAUAAUAGUUCUCGAUAUGACUUUCUAUGUGCUCCAUAGCGGCUGGCAUUCCUUUCUCGUACCACAUGCUCUGCAGAGAGGAAUCUCUAUCCGUGACACCCUGAUCAUGACAUUUACAGCAGCGAUAGGGAAUACCUUCAGCAGGGUCGCUGUAGGUGUCCUCACCAACAACCGUUUCCAUCCGGUCACUAUAUUUCUCUUCGCUACAUUGCUGGACAUAGCUGCUCUCCUCUGCGAUGUUUAUAUUAUCAACUACUACCUUAUCUUAGUGACGUCAUGUGUCUCCGCAAUGUCGAUCGGUGGAAGGGCAGUCUUGGGGGCGCUGAUUCUGAGGGACAGAGCGUCUCCAGAGAAAUUCCACAUCGCCUACUCAGUCGACAAAUUCUUUCAAGGUUGUGGGAUGUUUCUUGGUGGUUACUUUGGAGGUUGGACUGCCGAUUACUUUUCAUCCUUUGAUGCUACGUUCAAGCUCUUAACCCUCAUCGAUAUCUUCAUUCUCGUCCUCAUCACAGUAAUCAAAUGCAAGCCAAAACCCAACACCACCUAAU